CCGCGCGUCCCUGUGGUCGCGCAGUGGAAAUCCGCACCGGGGAGCUGCUGAGGGGCGCCGGUGUCAUGUGAAGGCGCACAUGCUCUGCCAUCCACGCAGCCUGCCUCCCUCCCUCCCUCCUCUUCUUCCUCCGCGCGUUUUUCCAGUUUUUUCUAACGUAACUCCUUUCUUGCCCCCUCGCCUGCUCCGCCACUAGCCAACCGCCCCCAGGCGACCCCCGCAGGGGCUCCGCGGCGGGCGGGCGGGCGGCCGCCGGGGAGGGAAGCGCGCCCGGCGGCGGGCACCCCGCGGAGCCGCGCCCCGCGGAGCCGCCUCGGAGGUAUGGUUUUCUCGGCGGAGCAGAGCUGCGGCGGCUGCCGCCUCCGCGGGUGCUGAGACGGGAUUUUUGUGGUGCGGUUCCUGGGCUCCCAGCUUCAUGACUGCGGGGAGCCAACACCAUGCGAGCACAAAUUGAAGUGAUACCAUGCAAAAUUUGUGGUGAUAAGUCCUCUGGAAUACACUAUGGAGUCAUCACAUGUGAAGGCUGCAAGGGAUUCUUUCGGAGGAGUCAGCAGAACAAUGCCUCCUACUCCUGCCCAAGGCAGAGAAACUGUUUAAUUGACAGAACCAACAGAAAUCGUUGCCAACACUGCCGACUGCAGAAAUGUCUUGCCCUGGGAAUGUCUCGAGAUGCUGUGAAGUUUGGAAGAAUGUCCAAAAAGCAGAGGGAUAGCUUGUAUGCUGAAGUGCAGAAGCACCAGCAGCGACUGCAGGAACAACGGCAGCAGCAAAGCGGUGAGGCAGAAGCCCUGGCCAGGGUUUACAGCAACAGCAUCAGCAAUGGCUUGGGCAACCUGAAUAAUGAAACUAGCAGCACCUACUCAAAUGGGCACAUCAUUGACCUGCCGAAGUCUGAGGGUUAUUAUAACGUGGAUUCUGCCCAGCCUUCCCCAGACCAGUCUGGGUUAGACAUGACUGGAAUCAAACAGAUAAAGCAGGAACCUAUCUAUGACCUCACCUCUGUACCAAACUUGUUUACCUAUAGCUCUUUCAACAAUGGGCAAUUAGCUCCGGGGAUAUCCAUGACUGAAAUAGAUCGAAUUGCACAGAAUAUCAUUAAAUCUCAUUUGGAGACAUGUCAAUAUACAAUGGAGGAACUCCACCAGCUAGCAUGGCAGACCCACACAUAUGAAGAAAUUAAGGUUUACCAGAGCAAGACCAGAGAAGCUCUGUGGCAGCAGUGUGCCAUUCAGAUCACCCAUGCUAUCCAGUACGUGGUGGAGUUUGCAAAGCGCAUAACAGGCUUCAUGGAGCUCUGCCAGAAUGACCAAAUUCUCCUCCUUAAGUCAGGCUGCUUGGAAGUCGUUUUGGUGAGAAUGUGCCGUGCCUUCAACCCACUCAACAAUACUGUUCUGUUUGAAGGAAAGUAUGGAGGGAUGCAAAUGUUUAAAGCCUUGGGUUCUGAUGAUCUGGUGAAUGAAGCGUUUGACUUUGCGAAGAAUUUAUGUUCCUUACAGCUGACUGAGGAGGAAAUUGCCUUGUUUUCAUCUGCUGUUCUGAUAUCACCAGAUCGAGCCUGGUUGAUAGAGCCAAGAAAAGUCCAGAAGCUUCAGGAAAAGAUUUACUUUGCACUUCAACAUGUGAUCCAGAAGAACCACCUCGACGAUGAGACUUUGACAAAGUUAAUAGCCAAGAUACCAACCAUUACUGCACUUUGCAACUUGCACGGAGAGAAACUACAGGUAUUUAAGCAAUCUCAUCCAGAUAUAGUGAACACACUAUUUCCUCCAUUAUACAAGGAGCUUUUCAAUCCAGACUCAACCACUGGCUGCAAGUGAAGGGGAUAAUAGAAUUUUCAUGUAGUCAUGGAAUGCGUCACUGUUAAGACAAAAAGAAAUGUUUUCAUGAAGAACUUACUAAAAAUGUCACUACUGCAACAUUAGGAAUGUCCUGCACUUAAUAGAAUUAUUUUUCACCGCUACAGUUUGAAGAAUGUAAAUAUGCAACUCUGAGUGGGGAUGUCUUUUUUCUCUUUUCUUUGUUUACUUUUUUUUAUUUUUGAACUGACAAUGAAUAUACAAAUAUAGGACACUGGGUGUUACUUUUUUUUUUUUUUUUUUUUUUUUUCUAUUGGGGAAUGUUUUGGGAGACAACUGUUCCUAGAAUUUUAUUGUAGAUAUACAUGAGAAUAGAGCAGUACUUUGCAGUAUUACUCUUGCUGUUUAUUGUUCAAAUAUAAUUUAAGAAAAUUCCACUUAUUAGACUUGCCUAUUUCUAUGUUUCUAGAUAGUUUAAUGCAUGUGGAAAUUUGUAGCUGUCUUGGAAAUUGGUGCAUGUAUGGAAUACACAUAUGUAUAUAUGUGGUAUAUACUUUUAUAUAUAUAUAUAUAUAUACACACACACACAUAUAUAUAUAUAUAUGUAGGUAUUACAUGCAUACAUGCUGUAGCUUAAAAAUCCCAUGCCUACUUUUAAAGGAUGCUCAGCCUGGCUGUCAUGCAUUUCUUACUCUCCAAGUAAUAUAUUAGAUUUAGUUUGGGCAAUCAAGAUUUGCUUUGCCAGUCAGAGUUAAAUCAUCAGCUGCCGAUGUGUAAUGACAGGAUCACUUCUGAGAUAUGUGUAAUGUAGUGCCUGUGUGCAGUCUGUAAAUCUAACAUCAGGAAUGUAUCAAUGGUGCAAAAAGCCUUGUCUGGAUGAUUUUAGUGGAGACAAGAAAAGUUUUUUUUUAAUUUUCUCCCUGUUACAGGGAUAGAACAUAUAUAAAAGUAAACAUUGUAGGACCUGAUGUCAGUAAAGUAUCUGAAACGUGGAGUAAAAAUGUAGACUAUCCCACACGUACAUUUUUCUGAUUUAACACAUGAUUAUGCUUUAUAUACACUUCUUUGAAAAGUAGUUGCAAGACUUGGUUUGUUUUUCACUGAACUCAAUGAUAAAACACGCAGUGAACUCAGUAAAAACCAUAGGAAGCCUAAAAUGUAGCUCUGAAGGGUAGUAGCAGAGGGAGGAAGGGAGGGAAGCAGGAGGAAAGUCAAAGUAAGCAAUAUCCGUGGUUGCAAAGGCAAAUAUAGCUGUCACUGUUUCUGACAUAGCCAUCAUCUAGAUGGGAUUGAUGAUUUCCAUUACACACAUCCAUAUAUGUAUGUUACGUACACAUGCAUAUAUGCAUGCAUCUGUAUGUAUAUAACUGUAUAUAUAUACAUAUAUAAGGUUGAUUUUAGAUGCACUUCAGGAGGGGAGCAAAGGAUUGAGGCUUUCUUUUUGUCUGUCUGUGAAUUGAUUUUAUGUGCAUUUGCUUGCAAAACCAAAGGCAAACACAGAGGGGAGUGGAAGACUGCCAUGGACUUAAUCUUGUGGAUUAAUUAAGUUUAAUUAGCAGUCAUGAUUAAUGUGUUUGGAUUCUGCCAGAGAUACAAAACACAGACUUUUUAGCUAUAGAAGACAGAUUCAGUUUCUGCGACGGCUCUGCCCUUACCGCCACUUUUAUCUAUUGUAAGCUUUUUUGGAGAAGUCUCGUCUGGGGACACCCAUGGCGGAAAUAGAGCAGAAAUAAGAGGAAGUGGACACUAGAGAAGAAAUGAAGUGAAGGCAGAAUCACGAGCAGGUGGAUUUAUUUCAGAUCAUGUAGAAGUCAGUGCACUCUGAGGCAAGGCAAGGUGGAGCACACUGUCAGGGAGGCCGAAGGACCCACUGUCUGCCAGGCUGCGCAGCAGAGCGGUGUCGCAGGGAGCCCACGGGGAAACAGAUGGGCCCCGGGGCAGGGACAGAAACUUGGUUUGUUGCAUGAUAACUUAAUGCCUCCAGCUUUUCCAGCAGACUUGUACAGCUCUGGUCUCAACCUUCUGUUCCCUUUUCUGCGUGACCAAGUAAUUCACAGGCUAUUCCAAGUACUUUUUGAAGUUUUCCCUUGCACUCCAUCAGCUGGUUUUCAAUUUUACAUAUUUCAUGACAGAAUACAGUGUAGACAACAUCAACAUUAGUUUGCUCUGUUUUAGUAAUGCCAGACCAGACACAAGACCAGUUAUAAACUCUCAGCUAACAAAUGUUUCUCUGCAGGUCCAUUACAACUCCAAGAAGAAAAAAAAAAACAAAAAAAAAAAAACAAAACAAAAAAAAAAAAAACCUGCACAUCAAAGUUACUUGUGCUGAGAAUUUUGUUGCAAACAUGACAUACUCUUCAAGAUUACUUAGUCCUAUAGAACACCAAUUUCUAAAAUACCUUUUUUGCUCCAAAUUCACAGCACGUUUUCUGAUCUUUACUGAUUACAUUAAAACAUCUUCAAUUACAUAAUAAAGCAUUGCUCUUGAUGCUUCUUUAUACCAUCUGAACCCUAAGACUGGCAUUCCCUUUUAAAGUGAUUCAUCUGCUUGCAGUCCCUUUUACAUGGCAAAUCCAUGAAAAGGACCCCAAACUCCAACUCUCUCUAAUAUCAAAAAACUUCAUUAACAAUAUUUAUGUACUACUCCUGUGAAUUUAUCUGAGAAAAAAAUAUCAAGUCAAACUGAACUCUAUAAGUGCUCAGUUUUAACUGCCGGUGAUUCUUGUUUUCCAGCUGAAGAAUACACACAUAUAUAUUUGUUUCAAAUCCUUUAUAAACUUGUUUUCAGUAUAUCAAAAGUAACAUAUUUAGCCAACACACAGAAAUACAGAAUAUGUGAUAAAUAUUACUGUUCUUAGUGAUGACGUUUGUCAUGUUUAUAAAUAGUCCUUCACAAUUAGUGUUACAUCUUGAAAAUGUUUUGUUCUUUUCAAAUAAGCUAUUCGGUCCUUCGGAUUUUUGAUUUAUGUCUUAGGCAAGAUAACCAAAUGAAGAUCACCAGUGAAAAAGACAUUAUUUAAUCAUUAUCCACAGGGCUUUUAAUCCUUAAAGCACGGUUCUUAAAUCACUGCAACCUCAUGACCUUUUCAAUCAGUAAGGAUUACUGCCACUUUUUAAAGAUGCGGAAAUGAAAGAGAAGAAGUUAAAUGACUUGCCAGAGACCACAAAGGUAGCAGUAUCCAGUCCUAGGAUAAAAAUUGAUUCUUGCUUUUUGUCCUAAAAGUAUUAAGAUGCUGGUAUACAAAAUCUUCAUUGCCAUUGAUAGGCAAUAGCUUGUAUGAACAAUUACAAACAUUGCCAAACAAAUUUUUAUCUUCAAAUAAGGUUAAUUAUCAAUAGCUUGCUUACUACUUUUACAGAAUUUGAGCAAAUAACCUUGGUUUUUAUUUGGAAAAUAAAAAUUAAUUCUCAUACAUUAUUUAUUCGUGGUAACAAAGGCUGAUAAAUUUUAUUUCAUUUUAUGUGAUUUGGGAUUGGUCGGAUAGGUAAAGUAGUGCCUCUUUUGCCUUCCAUUGGCUGACUUUAGAACAAAAAUUAACAAUCACAUGAUACAGGCUGGAUUUUUGUUGCUGAUUUUGAUACAUAAUCAUUUAUGCUCAAAAUUUCAAAGUCUUGAUAUUGGAUUUAAUAUGUUCAAGUUAUCCAUAAACUUUAAAUAAUAGAUUGAAUUUGAGUAAAUAAUUGCAUAAUCCACUCAAAAAAUGCAUUUCAGAAAAUAUUAGUGCUGCACUUUACUUCUUCUUGGCUUUCAUUAGUCCACAGUAAUAUCUGAAGCCCUUCAAUUAAACCUCCAAAACUGUGAUUUCUCACAUCUACUCUCUGUAGUAACUGGUUGUGUUUGUUGAUUUUUUCAGUGACAAGCUUUUCAAAUGGGACACAUUUUUUAAUGAUUGAUUAACCUGGGAUCUUUAACAAAAGGAUAUUUAAAACAUGUAUUAAAUCUUCUACUUCUAGCAUUUCUCUCAGAUAAUUCAACUACAUUUAUCUAAAUUAUCCUUGGCGUGAAGGAAGCAGAUGUAGGCUGUUCAUUACACUACCACAGAGACUUAAUUUUGGUGUAAAUGUGACUCUUGCCAGCUCUUUGUAUAAAGAAUUAGUUCCAAGAGUCAUAUUUCCUUCUAAUGGAAAGACUGCUUUAGUGAUUUCUGGGGAAAAAAAAAAAAAAAAAAAAAAAAAAAAAGAGAAAAAUAAAAAAAAGAGAAAAAGAAAAACAGGGUAAUAGAAGGCACUCAGUUGAGCCAACUAGUUUCCAAAAGUAGUGUAUAUAUUUUGAUUGAUUUGUGAUAGCCAGCAUUUAGGAAUUGAUUCUGCAAGUUGUUAGGCUCCCUUAGUCCUAACUAGAGCCACUGAAAAUGGACGCAUGUCAGCACCACACAGGAUGUGCUCAACACCUUGGUGAGCACCUUGGUGUUGAGGCCCGCUUUGAGUUUUGCAGAGUACAAGUCAGGUGUUAUUCUCAUACUUGCAUAUUAAUACUUUUGCUUCACGCUUCCCAUUGUUCAUUUCAGCUCAGUUUCACAGGGAUCAGUUCAUUCCUCCUGUUGCAUCUUGGGUGCCAGUGUUGUCUCAGUGCUUGUGCCAGGUUAUGGUGCUCCAGGUGGAGCAAAUACCAGAUGUGUCCACGAACAUGAGCUUUAUUAUGUGAUUUUCUUUGUUUGUUUUCAUGGUGGCAGCUUACACAGGUGUACAUUUCCCUUUGGGAUAGUUUGCAGGGAUUCCUGACGUAACAACUUCUACACAAAGAAGGUGCAAAGACGCUCUUGUGCACUGCCCUCUCAGCCUCCAACCAAUGGGCUGUGGGAGCUGCCCCAAGGCUGUCUCUCAAAAUGGCCAAGCAGCACAGUUAGAGAUGUGCAGCUGAUGACACCUGUCCGUUGUCUUUUUCACCCCCUCUAAAGCAACGCUACAAAGCACAUUUGAAAGUCUUGCCCCCGGAUCCUCCUUCCUCCUGACUCUUCAUUGAUUCUGCUGUUCCCAGAAGACCUAAGGUCCAGCCUGGAACCUGGUUCCUAUUUUCAGAGUCAUUGUCUGUUGGACAUCCCAGGAAUAUAGCACUGGGAAAUAAGAUCAAACUGAAACAUGAAAGAGUUUUUUGUCCAAAUAAGUUAUGUCUAAGCACAUACGAAAUGGAAACCUGAGACAGAACAGCUUGCUUUUCUCUGGAAGUAACAAAAUAGUGUAUUUAGACCUACCAACUGCCCCAGCACUUUCUGCCUCCACUCUAGAAACUAACUCCUAUCUCUGACUUCCAUUAGGAACAGUGUGUUGGAAACCCAGUCCUCUUCUUUCCUUUUUAAGUUUCACGCUUUGUAAAUGACAAUCACUGCUUGACGCAGAUGUUGCACUCUAUGCCACUCAGGGAUGUUUCAUUACUAAAAAUAACUAUAUAAAUAUAACAGUGAUAAUAAGGAAGAGAACGUUAGAGGCUUUGAAGGGCACGGGUUGAGCUGCCCAAAUGAACGCAACCCAGACAAGGCUUUCAAGCCAGUGGUUAGAAGUAACAUUGGUAUAAACUGAAUUCACUGUCGGCAUUUCCUCAGCUCGAAGCUUUCCUCACUUAACCCGUUGUUUCACAGUCAGUGGAGCCCUACUGACCCAUCAGUUUGUGAUGUUAAAGUCCUUUUGGAAACAAAAUGCAAGUGAGCUUUGUACUAGUUACUGAAUUUAGAAAACUGACAAAAGAAAGUGCAGUUUAAAGGUACUGAGUUUAGGCACCAUUAAUGUGAGCUCAUAUUCAGAAUUGCUGCAGGAAUGUAAGAAGAAAGGUUAAGAUGUAGAAUGAAUAAUAGUAUGUCAGCAAUGACAGCAAAAGUUACACUGAGCUACCACAUGGAGAAAUGAUUCUAAAGAGCAAGCAGUAUAAAGUGGUUAACAGCUACCCUUUCCUCUGAGGGAUGCACAAAAUCAUAGCUACCGCCAGGCCUCUGCAGCAAUGCUUCUCCAUGGUACAACCAGACUUUUUCUCACCUUAAACAAACAUGACCCUAUUUUAUACUGCACUAGUGAAAAAUAUUCUCAUUUCCUAGAAUUCUGAAAUGUGCUUCUGCUUAUCCCUAGUUUUAUACCUCAUGUUUUCUAUAGACCUAUCAUUAAAAGAACACUCAAAGAAAGGCAAAUUGCAGUGGAUUAUAUUGCCAGUCAUUGGGUUAAUUCCAGGUCUUCAACCAAGAGGUUUUCCUCAGCACUCAGUACAAUCAUUGCUCCUGGUCUUACAGUGAGUAUGCAUGGGGUUUGACUCCCUCCACCUUCUGAACUCCCUACUUAGAAGAUAGGUGGAAGACUUCAAGAGGUGGAAGGGAAAGGCUAACAUCCCUAUGCUUCGAGGUUUUCAUAAUCACAGUCUUUGCCAACUACCCCAUUGCAAUUUCAAUUUUAGCCUUUCAGGUUGCUGGGAGCCACAUCUGAGUGACUGAAAUUCUUUUAGCAUGAUACUUGCCCAUUAAAAAGAAGAGUCUUCUGGCCCGAGGAUCUUGCCUCUUUUCCUUUUCCUUUUCCUCCUAGCUCCUAACGAACGAGGCCUGGAGUGGUAAAUGAUUCAUCUUGCUCUUUCUCAAAGCUGAUCCUUAACUGUAGCCUGCAAGGGAGGCUCCACCCAAGAGGCAGGAAGCAGGUUCGUUCCUCCUUUUCCUCCCAGACUCCAUGUUCUCACUUAGCUGUAUUUUCCCUGCAUGUGUUGUCCUUGCAAGUAAGACUGUGUGACAAUGAGCUCAACAACUUAGUCAUUUACCAUCCCAGAAGUGGUUUGCAGCAGAUCGCUUAUCUAUAAAACCCACUUGUGUAUACAGUCUGCAGACAAAUGCCAUUGUGGAAAGAAGAGACCUAAAAUUUCUACAGUGGUAGCUCACAGAUCAGUAACUCUCCUAAAAAGGCAGCUUGAAUGUCCAGUGACAUGAUGGAUGUGUCAGUGUUCUCCAAACAAUCCUUGCAUUUCAUUUGUGCUGAGAGAAUAAGGCAAUGCACAAAAUGCUCUGGGAAAGGAGAGAUGUUUCCUGGGUGUUACUACAGGCAGUGAGGAUAAUACUGCUCACAGUGAGUUCAGUAACAUGAUGUACUACAUUUACAUAAUUUCAUCAUCCUCACAAUUCAAGCACAGAACAUAAGGAGAGUGAAAGAAAACAUCAUUGGAUAUAGCAGCAAUAAAUAUAAGUGUUUCUUUGUAACUGUACCUGCAGAAAUCGUUUGCUUUGCACGUGGUCUUCUGUACAAUAACAUAAAGAAAAACUUCAUCUAAUGUAGAUAUCACAGUGCUAUUGCAUAUUUGUUGGAUUCAUUAGAUGGAGCUGCUAAUUUGUAAUCAAAGAUACUGCUGUUGAGAAAAACGUAUGUGCUUCAAGAAAAGGCUGAAGUCCUUGUUUAUGACUAUACACUGGCAGCAGUAAAGUAUGUUCAAUAUAAAACUCUGUCUGGACAGAAUUUUAAACAUCUCCUAGUUUUCAAUAUUAUGAUCACAUUGGUCCCUUAUUUGGGCAACAGGAAUGCAACUGCAUUGAAAAACAAGCAGGGCCAGAUCAACCACAAAGAACAGGAAAGAACGGACUUUACCUUGAAGACUGUUCCAGAUAAAACCAGCUUAUAUAUAUAUAUAUAUAUAUAUAUUUAAAAAAAAAAAAAAAAAAAAAAAAGCACUUAUACUUGUCUUGAUUAGACACACAGCUUAAUAAGUCAAAGUAACUACAUUAGGCUGUUGACUUUGGGGAUUCAGAUUCAGAUGCACUACAUUUGUGUUUUUUUAAUGUGUCACUUCAGUGUCAGAAUCAGGCAAAAAAGGUGUUUUGUUGUUAGUAAGAAACGGUAAUACUCAUUUAACCCUACAGAGUGUGGACCACACAUUCUUGUGCAGUAGAUGGGGAUUUAUUCAUGCACUUAUUCUUAAAAAGCCACUGAGUAGCAUAGCAAGUGAACUAGCCGUGAUAGUCUUUGCCUCUUGCAUGACUGCAAUGUGACCUCUAUUAGGCUACAGAGAGCGGCUCUGUGAUUGUACUUGUGGCCACAAAUAAAGCACAACCUAACUCUAAGCUGUUAUCAACACCCAGCUAAAUCAAAUGCAUAGAGUAUUUUGAGAUUUAUGCUAAUCACUAUGAGAUAAUUCCCAUGUUAAACUAAUUACUCUGGUUGUAAUGAAAGGAUGGUAUAAAUAAAAUAGUAAUCAGAAUAGCAACAAAAUCCCUUAUUUUACAGCUGCACUCUCUGCCUCAUCUGAUUAAAGAAAUUUACUUAAAAAUUAAACAAACAAAACAAAAAGAAAGAUACCUGAGUAUGUAUUGUAGAAAUGUAGAAGACAAAUAAAAUAUUUUUUCAAAUGUAAUUACUUUUAAUAUAUGCUUGUGGAAGGUCUGAUACUAUGUAUGCUGUCUCUAUAAUUUUUGCUGUAAAUAUCUUGGGACAGUGAAUACACUGAUUUUUUCUAUGUCUCUGUUUAAGCAUAAGACUUUGUAAUGAUUUUUUUUAAAGAGGAAAAACAUCAAAGGGCAAAUUAUGUACUUGCUUCCUGUAAGUGUAAUGUAUUCUUCAGUUUUUAUGGAAACUGAUUGUAAUAGAUAAAGCCUUUUGACCAGCCGUUGAUGUUUAGUGUAUACUUCUGUUUGUAAUGGGGAAAAAAAAGAUGGGACUGUCAAUGAAACAUGAUCCCAGUGAGUCAGUACAGUGAGUAUUGUAUUAAUACCUGCAGACUGUAUUUGACUA